AUGUCGCAUUCAAGCUGCCCCUCAUGCGGCAAAGCGUUUAAAGACCAUACUUCUGUUGCUCGUCAUCUAAGCCAGCCUCGGUCUGGAUGCAACACGUGGUUAGACGACAUGAUUAACUCCAUUUCGCCCAGCCUGAGUGAAGAUCAUAACAUGGACUCAGCAGAUGACAUCGAUAUUUCUAACAACGAUCCGGGACUUGGAGGCGAGGAAAGUUUUCAUGAUUUCUAUGGUGGAGGAGAAGAAGAGGAUAUACCUGAGGGAACUGCGGGUCAUGAAGUGCGCAAAGUAACCGACUAUUUUCCAGAGCCUCCUCUGGCCUAUGAGGAUGGCUACACAUUUUUGGGGCUGUUUGAUGCAGACGAAAACAGUGUAUAUCGGAAAACGAAUCUCUACUAUCCGUUUAGCAGCCGAAGAGAUUGGCAAGUUGCAGCAUGGCUGCUACGUUCAGGCCUGAGCAUGGGCAAGAUUGACUCUUUUCUAUCGCUUGAAAUGAUCAAGGAUUUACCCUUGUCGUUUCACUCUGCCAAAGAAUUACGCGGUAGAGCUGAGAUGCUCCCCAGCGGUCCGCGCUGGAAGUCUCAAGUAAUUCGUACAUCGCAUCCUACGAAAUCGCCUGUAAUUCUGUACUGGCGCGACCCUAUUGAAUGUAUCGCCAGCAUCUUCAACCACCCGCUAUUUCAAAAUCAUAUCGACUUCACACCUCACAAGAUUUACUCUACUGCAGAGAGGUUGUGUCGCAUAUAUGCUGGAUGGAUGUCAGGAAACGAUGCAUGGGACAUGCAGUCGGCGAUACCAAAGGGCGCAACCCUCCUCGGCACCAUUCUCUCCUCCGACAAGACGAAUAUCAGUGCAUUAACAGGGGAUCGCGUGGCUCAUCCGCUUCUAAUUAGCCUCGCCAAUAUACAUAUGAACAUACGCCUAAAAUCAUCAACCAACUCUUUUGUUCUCGCUGCUCUGUUACCAGUCCCCAAGUUUAUUCACAAGAAGAAGCGAAUGAAGGGCGUAUUGGAGGAUCGACUGAUACAUGAAUGCCUCAAUAUCAUUCUCGAACCACUCAAGCAGGCCGCUCAACGUGGUUUCGGGGAUGCAUUCCGUCAUGAACCCCGGACGAAAUCGACGACUCUUGCACAGCUUGCUGUUGUGCGCUCGCGCGCUGAUCCCAAUGAUAUUGAGGUGUUUUUCCGCGAGGCACAGAAGUUCCGACUGAAUGGCGUCGACAAGCCAUUCUGGUGGGACUACAUACUAGCAGACCCCUCCCGUUUUUUGACACCAGAAUCACUCCACCAUCUUCAUAAAGCGUUCUUUGACCACGAUGCCCAAUGGCUCAUUAACGCUGUUGGAGAUUCCGAAAUCGAUUUCCGAUUUUCAGUGUUGCAGCCCAUCACCGGUCAUCGGCAUUUUCACGGUGGCAUCUCCAAGCUGAAACAAGUCACCGGUCGCUGUCAGCGAGACAUUCAACGGUAUAUCAUCGCUGUCAGUGCGGAUGCAGCACCUGCUGGUGUCAUCGCUGCUUUACGGGCGCUCAUGCAGUUCCGAUAUCUCGUACAGUCGCCGCGCAUUGACGAGGAAGAUCUCGGGCGCAUCUCACGUGCACUAAAUGAGUUCCACGCAAACAAGGAUGCAAUCAUUGCUGCCGGGGCUCGUCGGGGGAAGGGUAAUAGAGUCAUCGACAACUUUUACAUCCCCAAGCUGGAGCUAAUGCACAGUAUCGUUCCCAGCAUUCGUAACUCUGGCGUCAUAGGACAGUGGUCUGCCGACAUCACUGAACACGCCCACAUUACAGAGAUCAAAGACCCCGCCAGAUCGAGCAAUAACAACAAUUAUGACACACAAAUUUGUCGAUACCUCGAUCGCGCCGAAAAGUGUCGUCGUUUUGAGCUCGCUACCGGCCUGUUGGAUCACGAGCAGAGGGUUGAGGAAGAGGGGUUGGACUUGGAUGCUGAAGAGAUCGACGUUGACAUCGACACACAAGAUAAUCCCAUUGACCCAACCCGACACCCACGCCAAAUUACGAAUUAUUUCGCGAUUGCUAAGGCACUCCAGUACCGAGAAGUGGGUUCCGUUCCUGUACCACUUCGCUCCUUUGUCGACAAAUCUACUGCCUUUCAUCUUUCAUAUGACCCCUCCAUUCGGAGCAUCACUGUUGAUGAAGUCGCUAUCACAUUCGGCUUACCAGAUCUACGACAAGCCAUAGCUGAUUUCCUUCAACGUGAGGCAACUUAUGGACAACGGCAUGUUCAUGCAAUAGGUGGCCCUAGAAGGGCUGGACCUGGUGCCGUCCUCCCAUUUGACAAAGUUCAAGUCUGGUUUAAAAUUCGCUUGCAAGAGAUGGAUUUACACGACACUCACGCCAUCAAACCAGCUCAGACGCUAAACUGUGCACCACCAAAUGACCCGUGGAUCUUGGGCCACUAUGAUACAGUCAUUGCCGAGACCAGUGCGGGCUUCUCAUGGCCCAGUAGUCGUCUUUCAGGUCACACAAUCGCGCAGAUUAGACUCAUUAUGCGACCCAUUGGCAAGAGUGGUUUACUAUGGUCUUGGAAGGAUCGGUUCCUCACAUAUGUUCAACGUUUUGAUCUCUCAAAUGAUCGCGAUCCAACGACACACCUUCAUAUACUCAAGCGAGCGAAACGCUCAAAUGGAAACCGGAUGGGCGACAUUAUUCCGUUAUCUCAAUUGAGGGCUCCUGUUCAACUCGUACCUCGUUUUGGCGCUACUGCUGACAAGCGUCUCACAGCGUACAACAGUUUGGAGCAUGCCGCGGAGUUUUGGUUGAACGAGUUUCUGGAUAAAAGCGCCUUCUUUGCGCUAUCAUUUGAUGCAAUAUAA